AUGAGUUGCAGACAGUUCACGUCCUCCCCGUGGGGCCGCAACAGCUCUGGGGGCAGUGGGGGCAGCAUGAUGUCCUCGUUCAGCGGCAUGAGCUGCUCAGGGGCUGGUGGAGGAGGGGGCAGAUUCAGCUCUUCCAGUAGCUACGGAGCAGGGAGCUCUGGGGCCUGUGGGAGGGGAGGUGGUGGCAGUUUCGGCUCCAGGUACGGCAGAGGAUCUGGGGGUGGUUUUAGUGCUGGUAGCUUUGGUGGACGUUCUAGGGGUUUCAGUGGUGGCUCUGGAGGAUGCUUUGGAGGUGGAUCUGGAGGAGGCUUUGGGGGCUCUGGGGGCUUUGGUGGUAGUUCUGGAGGAGGCUUUGGGGGUGGUUCUGGAGGAGGCUUUGGUGGUGGUUUUGGAGGAGGCUUUGGGGGGUCUGGGGGCUUUGGCAGUGGCUUUGACAGUGGUGCUGGUGGUAUUCUGGGCGCUGAUGAGAAGACCACCAUGCAGGACCUCAAUUUCCGGCUGGCCUCCUACUUGGAUAAAGUGCAGGCACUGGAGAAUGCCAACAAGGAACUGGAGAAUAAGAUCCGAGAAUGGUAUGACAAGCAGGGGCCCAGGGCCUUCCAUAGGGAUUACUCAUCUUACUAUUACACUAUCGAAGACCUCAAGAACCAGAUUGUGAACAUCACAGUGAACAGCAGUAAGACUCUCCUGGAUCUUGACAACACUCGCAUGACAUUGGAUGACUUCAGGAUGAAGUAUGAGAUGGAGAACAGCCUGCGACAAGGAGUGGAUGCUGAUAUCAAUGGCUUGCGGAAGGUGCUAGAUGAUCUGACCAUGCAAAAGUCUGACCUGGAGAUGCAGUAUGAGUCUCUGCGGGAGGAACUGAUUGCCCUCAAGAAGAAUCAUGAUGAGGAGAUGAACCAGCUGACUGGGCAGAACUCUGGAAAUGUCAGUGUGGAGAUAAAUGCUGCUCCUGGCAAAGAUCUCACCAAGAUCCUCAAUGACAUGCGUGAGGAGUAUGAGCGGAUCAGUGCUAAGAACCGUAGGAACAUUGAGGAGCAAUAUGAGACUCAGAUGAGCCAGAUGGAGCAGGAGGUGAUGAAUAGUGGCCGGGAGAUGAAGUCCAACCACAAGGAGGUGACCCAGCUCCGGCACAGCAUCCAGGAGAUGGAGAUUGAGCUGCAGUCUCAGCUCAGCAGGAAAUCAGCCCUGGAGAAGUCCUUGGAAGACACCAAGAACCGCUACUGUGGCCAGCUGCAGCAGUUGCAGGAGCAGAUCAGUAACCUCGAGGGCCAGAUCACUGAGAUCCGGGAAGAGAUUGAAUGCCAGAAUCAGGAAUACAGCCUUCUGCUCAACAUCAAGACACGGCUGGAGCAGGAAAUUAAGACCUACCACAGCCUCCUUGAGGGUUGCCAGGAGGACUUUGAAUCUCAUGAAUCUGGACGAAGUCACUUUGGAGGUGGCAGAAGUAGAUAUAAAGGUGGAAGUGGAGGCAGUUACGGAAGAGGAUCCUGGGGAGGAAGUGGAGGCAGCUAUGGUGGAGGAAGUAGUUUUGGAGGAAGAACUGGAGGCAGCCACGGAGGAGGAAGUGGUGGCAGCUACGGAGGAGGGAGUGGAGGCAGCUAUGGUGGAGGAAGUAGUUUUGGAGGAAGAACUGGAGGCAGCCACGGAGGAGGAAGUGGUGGCAGCUACGGAGGAGGGAGUGGAGGCAGCUAUGGUGGAGGAAGUAGUUCUGGAGGAGGACGUGGUGGUGGCUAUGAAGAAGGAAGUGGGUCCAAAGGAGGAAGUGGAAGACCAUCUCAGUCCCAGUCCUCUUCCUCCAAAUCUGGUGAAUGUGAUGAUAAACAAGGCUACCAGAAUUGA